AAUCAAUCUGUUAUCAGCAGUGAAGCUGUCACCGUAGAUUCGUGUUUACAAUGAAGAAGUGCUACAUUUCCGACUUGCGUAAAGUGUUUCAACGUGCAGUGGAUUCAGUGCAGCCAACGACGAUAUUCUCUACAGGUGGAUAUCUCCAUCGUGUCAAAUCCCAGACCGGCGAGACCAUUCGAGUCGGCGACCAAGCUGUUUCCCUGGAGAACAAGAAAUGUCACCUUGUCGGCUUCGGUAAAGCAGUCCUGGGUAUGGCAGUUCAGGCGGAGCGGGUACUUGCUGAUCGGUUGGUGUCUGGAGUAAUAAGCAUUCCUAACGGAACCAUGGCUAAAUUCAGUGGCGUCCCCGAGAUGACUUUAUCAGCUGGGAGUGUGAUACAAGUUCAUGAAGGGGCUCUCAACAAUCUUCCAGAUGAAAAUUCAAUGCAAGCCGCAAAGAGGAUCCUAAGCUUAGCAGAAUCUAUGACUAAUAAUGAUAUCCUUUUCGUCCUCAUAUCCGGGGGUGGAUCGGCUCUGCUUCCUAUUCCCAUUGAGCCCAUUACAUUGGAACAGAAAACCAAUUUGAUUCGAAAUUUAGCCCGAAAAGGAGCUGAUAUCGAGGAGUUGAAUGUUGUACGAAUUGCAAUGUCGCAAACGAAAGGAGGAAAGCUCGCCAGGGCGGCAGGGGAUGCAUAUAGAAUUUUUUCAUUAGUUAUCAGCGAUAUUGUAAAUGACCCGCUGCAUCUUAUAGGCAGCGGCCCUACAGUUGAAUUUAAGGAGGAUGGUCGGACAGCUAGGAGUAUAUUGGAGAAGUACCAACUUUGGAACGAGUUAGAUGCUAACAUUCAGGACGUAUUUACAAAAACUACCCCGAAAAAUACCAAAAUUAUGGAAAACAAUUUUGUCUAUUUGAUUGGAAGCAACAAAAUUGCUGCCAACGCAGCUUUACAAUGCUCUCAGGAAAUGGGUUAUAAAACGUGUAUCCUAUCAACAUCGAUUGUCGGGUCCCUGGAUGAGGUUGUGCAAAAGUACUCCUUCUUCCUCAAAAAGCUUCUAGCAUAUUUGCGACAUAAUAUCGACGAGCGACAGUUUUCAGCGACAUAUCCUUUUGGACAGGAUUCUCUCAGUCGACUACUAGAUACGAUCCGAUCAUGCAAUCCUGGAGAUUCUUUAUGUCUAAUACUUGCAGGCGAGCCAACAGCCUUGGUUAAGGGCAACGGGAAAGGUGGCCGAAAUCAAGAACUGGCGUUGAGGAUGUCCAGAAUCUUUUAUGAAAACGAGUCACUUCGGACGCUGGGUUUCCUGAGCGCAGGCACUGAUGGAAUCGAUGGACCAACCGAUGCAGCUGGAGCUAUUGGAUCCUCAGAAGUGAUUGAAAAAUUCCUGGAAACCAGAAAGAUGGAAGAUCUUGAGGACUACCUAGAGCGCAAUGAUUCGUAUAAUUUUUAUAAAAAUUUAGGACAAAAGGAUUUCCAUGUUGUUACUGGUCAUACAGGCACAAAUGUUAUGGACAUUCAUUUGAUUAUUGUCCCAGUACCUGGUGUUCACAAGUUAUAACGUUGUAAGGAAGUUGCUCCACUAUCUAAAGAUCUUAAACUUUAAAGAUAUUUAGAAGAUUGUGACAGAUAUAGUUGUAAAUAUGGUAAAUUCUGCAUUUAUUAUAAAAAUAAUUGUGUUUCAGAUACAAGAUAAAGAUUCGCUGGUCCACAAUUGACUUGUGUAUUGUACAAACAUGACAAUAAAUACAUAGAGAGAUAUCUUAA